AUGGCAUCAGUUGUAUUGGUAAAGGAAGCAAUAUUCAGUCAAGAUAGUGCAAAUGGACUAGAGUUCAGGUCUGCAACUCCUGAUGAAAGAUCAGAUGGAAGAAGCAGAAAGUGGAACCAGAGGGCAUUGUUACAGAUAAAAGAUUUUUUAGCGUCAGAAUCUUGGAAAGAAGCACGGCAAGUGCUUAGAAGGUGCUCUUCAAACUUGAAACUGGAUCUUUAUGCUCUAGAAUAUGCAGCAAGGGAAAAGAAUGUUUCAUUUGUGUGGCAAUGCUACGAAGGUAUUGUCACUGCCUAUGAUGAUAUGUUGUCCAGAAUAUGA